CUGACGUAGCAAGUGGGAAAUUCAAAUUUUAAAAACACGUUAGACAGAAAGAUGUUUUGAAACUUUUAAUUUUAUAUCGCAUUAUAAACAUGUGUAGUUUUUAGUAACAGAGUAAACGAUUGCCUCUUUUUAACCUUCAAUUAUAAGUUCUUUGUUGUUUUGAACUCUCUUUUAUCGGCAUUUUAAAGAAUCAUUGGAGCACAGCUGGUCUAAGUGUCCUCAGUAUGCCUGUAGACAGCACUUCUGAACUUCUCAAGCACUAUGAGGUUUAUGAAACCAUUGGCUCAGGUGGGUUUGCCAAGGUCAAACUUGGCAGACAUAUACUGACAGGGGAGAAAGUGGCCAUCAAAAUAAUGGAGAAGAAAGACCUAGGGGAUGAUCUGCCUCGAGUAAAGACAGAAAUGGAGGCUAUGAAGAACCUCAGUCAUCAACAUGUGUGUCGUCUCUACCAUGUCAUCGAGACAUCAAGCAAGAUCUACAUGGUGCUUGAGUACUGUCCUGGAGGAGAACUGUUUGAUUACAUCAUUGCUAAAGACCGGUUAUCAGAGGAAGAGACCCGAGUGUUUUUCCGUCAGAUCAUCUCUGCGUUGGCCUAUGUUCAUAGCCAGGGCUAUGCCCACCGAGACCUCAAACCCGAAAACCUGCUGAUUGAUGAAGAUCAUAACCUGAAACUCAUUGACUUCGGCCUUUGUGCAAAGCCUAAGGGCGGUUUGGGUUUUGAAUUGCUGACCUGUUGUGGCAGUCCAGCAUACGCAGCUCCAGAGCUCAUUCAGGGCAAGGCUUACAUCGGCUCUGAGGCUGAUGUGUGGAGUAUGGGUGUAUUGCUUUACGCUCUACUGUGUGGUUUUCUACCGUUUGAUGAUGAUAAUUGUAUGGUCCUCUACAGAAAAAUCACAAGAGGCAAAUACAGCAACCCUCACUGGCUUUCGCCUUCUAGCAUUCUGCUUCUAAACCAGAUGAUGCAGGUGGAUCCAAAGAGGCGAUUGACAGUGAAACAGUUGCUUGAUCACCCCUGGGUUAUGAAGGGAUACAGCACACCAGUGGAGUGGCACAGUAAACAUCCUUUGGGUCAUAUAGAUGAAGACUGUAUCACUGAAAUGGCAGUGGCUUUUAAACAGUCCAGACAUCGCACAAUCCAACUUGUGUCAGAGUGGAAGUAUGAUCACAUGACCGCCACCUACCUUUUACUGCUGGCUAAAAAGCGUCAAGGCCGCCCUGUGCGUCUGAGAGCAGAAUGCCCCAUGCUUGACCCGAUGUACUCUCCUUUACAGGACAUACAACUGAAGAAGAGUCUACGCUUCAGUGAGGAUGAUGAUGGUGUUCACCCAGUGGUGCUUGGCUCUAUGGUCUUCCCCCCUGAUUGCUACGAUGACGAGAAUCCCUGGACCCCUCUCACGCCCAAGAACACACAGACCACAAACACUCCACGCAUGAAGCUCACCUCUGAAGCAUCAGAGAAGAAACGGAAUGAAAUAGGCUACUCCCCCAUCAUUGAGCAUGGAAGAACCCGCCAACAGAAGCCAGAGAGACGUGAUAGAACCAAAGAAAAUAAAGAGAAUGCUGUGACGGGCACAGAUGGAGAUGUUUUUGCUCUGCCAGCCCCUCGAACUCCAAUGUGCAGCAGAAAGGUCAAAUCCAACAGAACUAUAGCGACAACACCCAACAACAACAUCACUAACACAAGUAGUGACACAAACAAAGGAGUGGGCAGUGCCGCUAAAGAAGUGUCCCACAGGAGAGAGAUGGACCAACAGCAGAGCGGCCAACAAGGAGAACUGGAUAUACUGGCUUUCAGCCCCGAGAGAAGGUCUCGAUCUCUGGACCUGGCUGGCUGUCAAGUGGACAGUGGGCAGAAGCGCAAGGGAGGUAAAGUGUUUGGCAGUCUGGAGAGAGGCCUGGAUAAAGUCAUUACAAUGCUCACUCCCAGCAAGAAAAAAGGACCUCGAGACGGACCACGCAAAAUUAAGGCUCAAUACAAUGUGACACUCACCAGUCAGACUAAUGCUGACCAAGUGCUCAAUCAGAUUCUCAGCAUCUUACCAGAGAAGAAUGUGGACUUUGUUCAGAAAGGCUAUACUCUAAAGUGCCACACACAGUCAGACUUUGGAAAGGUGACCAUGCAGUUUGAGCUGGAGGUUUGUAUCCUGCAGAAGCCUGAGGUGGUCGGGAUCCGUCGACAGCGGCUCAAAGGUGACGCAUGGGUGUAUAAACACCUGGUAGAGGACAUCCUGUCCACCUCCAGCAUCUGAUGUCACUUUGUCACCCUGAGUUAAAUGGGUGGAUGGAGUAUGUUUGAAGUUCAUUAUAGAUGACCCUCCAGUUGAUGACAAUGUCCAUCAUUUUUCAUCAUUUAUGUGCGGGAGGCAGUACAGUAUUAUUUUGUAUUCUCCUCUUGAUCAAAAUGUAAAAAUAUUUUUGUCACUUUAUACAUCCUUCUAAUUUAGCAAUAAGCAAUACUGAUAAAGCAUUAUGGCAGAAAAUGUCUUUUAUUUUGUGUUCUUCUCCAUUAUAUAGUGUCAGUGUCAUGUUUUAUUUGUUUUAAUAUGUAAAAUAUCUAAUCUGUUACCCUUUUCAAGAUGUCUGUCAUUUUGUUCAUGUUUGUUUUGUAAUAAUGUCAGUCUGACUUAAUUAAAUAAAUAUUUUUAACAUCUGUC